AUGGUAAAACUUUUUAUGCUUGUUAGACUGAAACAAGCGACGGACUUUGAGGCUACAGAGUUCAAUACUACAUUAGCAAAAAAGUUAAAAGAAGAUCUCGCCGCUAUCGCUAAACCAAACACACCGGAAAAAAUUGAGCCAUUCAUGAAAGAUAUUGUGGAGAUUUGUUCAAAUUAUUUGGCACAAAACGCAGAGUUUAACAAGGACAAAGGACCUGCAUUUCGUUUAUUGGUGAAGGCCAUGCAUGAAAAAGGGAACGAACAGUUGUAUGAUAAAGGCAAAGCGAAACGCACUUACAGCAAAGGGGCGACAGAAUUGGAAAAAUCACAUGGUUUAGAAAGUGACCAUGACGAUCCUAAUUUGUCGCAAGAAAUUCAUUCAAACCUUUCUAAGCUGGUUGAUCAACAAACACCACCAGAACUGAAAACAGAUAUGACGGAGACGUUAGAUUUAUCUUCGAAGUAUUUAUCUCAAUGUGCGGUGGAUCAAAUUGAACGUGGUCCGGCGUUUGAUAUUUUGAUAAAAGAAUUGGAAAAUAAUGGGGGAGAAGAUUUUACUCCUGAUUUUGACGUCUUAGCUACAAAAUUUGCUGCAGCUUACGUAUUAAAGUCAGCACCUGGGCUAAGUGGGGUCAAACCGGACCCUAAAACCGCACCUCUUUUCGCGGAAGAACUCCAUAAGGCAGUCGCUACAGUCACACCGAAGGGUCUGGCUAACGAUAUGCAAGAGGUCAUUGAAAGAUGUGCAAAUUACUUGUCUGCCUUUGUGAGAGAUAGAGACAAAGCUGUGCAAUCAUUAAUCAAGAUGAUGAAAGAGAAUCCGACUAAAGAGCUUGCGAAGAGGGAAAACUAUUCAAUGAAUUAUGGCAAGGGCGCUGAGGAGAUUGAAGCGGCGCCUAUGCUCAUACCUUUUACGCCAAUAAAAGAUAUUGCUGACGAAGCAAAAGUCAAGUUACACAAAGAUAUGGAAGCUAAUACACCAUCUGACAUGAAAUUGCCUAUGAAAGCUGUAAUACAAGACGCAUCCAAAUAUUUAUCACAGCCUACUGCGAUCAGAAGUGGUGUGGCUGGCGAUAGAUAUCCUUUAAACUUCUUAUCGGCAGCUAUGAAGUCUCUAGGAUCUAGGCCGUUGUCCAAAUACAAAGCGUAUGGGCAGACCUAUAAUGAUGGCGGUGAAAUAUUAAAAUAUGUCGGUCCGUUAGAGUAUGAUCCUAAAGCCGAUGAUUUAAAGUAUCAAAUAGCAUCCGAAAUGCAACGCGGCGUUCCAACUAGAGUGGCACCGACAAUCACCCCCAACAUUAGCAAUACGAUGGAUGAUGCAAGUAAACAUUUAGCAAAGGUGGCUUAUGAAAAAGGUGAAGCAUUACAACAUUUAGUUAAUUUGAUGAAAGAAGAGGGUGAAGCCCCUUUAGGACAGAUACAAGGAUAUAAGCAGACGUACAACGAUGGUGCCAGAAGGAUAGAAAAUGCGCCCACGUUGGCGAAUGACAAGGUUGACAAGGGUGUCUACGAAUCUGUGAGGGGAAAACUAACAAAUCUAACAGAAAAAAAACCGGAUCCAGUGCUGGCUAAGCAAAUGCCCGGCGAACAAGAAAAGAGACAGGUUCUAGCUGACCUCAUGGCGCGUAAAGAAAAUCAAAUAUUGGGCAAGGAGGGUCUUUAUAAAAUAACGUAUACCGAAGGCGGUGAAGAAAUAUUGAAGGCACCAACCGGUGAUAUUAAAGCUAAAAAUGAGACAACAAAACAACAAUUAUUGCAAAAAGUUAAGUCUGUUAUACCGGAUAGAAAAUUACAAGAUGUGUUAAAACAGCCCGCAAAUGAAGGAUCAGCCCAUUUAUCUAACCUUAUACCGGGAAGAGCCGCUGCAAUGCAAGUUUUACAUGAUGGAAUGAAACAAGAUAAGGAUGCAGAUUUUCUCACUGUUGGCAAAUUUUCUAAAACUAACGGUCAAACGGCAGACAUGUUGGCAUCAGCAGAAUAUUUUGGGGGCCAAAAUCCCUCCGCAAUUUUAGUCGAUAAAGCACAAGAUAGUAUGAGAAAAAUAUCAACUGAAAAAGCUUCUGGAAUAGCGAAAGAAUAUCUCCCCGGUGGUUUGGAUGCAAAAGGUCUGGCAGACUGGAAAAAAUCUGGAAGAAAAGCAUCCGGAGAAACUGAUGAAGAACGAAGACGGAGGGAGGAAGAAGAGAAUGCCAAAAACAUGGAGGAGUUUGAUCCCGAGCAUGAGGCGGCUCUUGAAGUACUGCACCGUCAAUUGAAGGCCCGUGGGGGAGAGAUUUUCUACAAGCAACCGCAUGCAGAGCUCACUCACACCCAGGCUUCUGAUUGGCUUUCUAUAAAACCUCCGAUGAAAGUUGAUAAGUCUGUGAGAGAAGCCGCUGAUACUGCUAGACUACAUAAGAAGUUUGAGAGGAAACUUAACGUUCUGGUCAGUAAACAUACCCCUGAUGAGAUGUACGACGCUAUGCAAGGCUAUAAGGCUUUGGUACAAAUUGCUCUUAUAUCAGAAAUGCAAAAACGAGGAAAUGAAAUUCUUGUAGAGGUUGAAGGUGCUGCGGAGACAUUCUUCUUUGCAGCACAAAGGUUAAAGAAAGCCAAGUCAUUGGAAGAGAAAGAGCCUUGUUCUCAAGUGUCCUAUACCUUGACGAAAAAGUUGGAAGAUAUGAUAAGAUGCAGAUCAAUGGCACGUAAAUUGACCUCGGCAAUGAAAGAUCAUAUUAAAGAUGCCUCAGAUUACUUGUCAGCGUGUGUAACUAAACCUGAUCAAGAAAUUGAAGCUUACGUGUCACUCUUAAAUGAAAUGGAGACUGCUGGUGAAAGUCUUUUAAUUGAUGGAAACAUACCAAAGACUUAUAAGGAUGCUGCUCGCUACCUACGACAGUUGACAUCUUAUGAAGAUCAGAUAGGACUCUCCAAUAGUUCGUUGCAGUCGACAACAGAAGGGAAACUUAAAACUUUAAUGUCUAAUGAUACUACAAACAAAAGUGUCAUGAAUAGUGUAAUAUCUGAUUCAGCUCGUCUUCUUGUAUCUUACAUAAUGUUGCAAGUAAUAAAGACUGAAGCAUUAAAAGUUUUAAUAGAGAACAUGGAUAAGGCAGGAAGCAAUGUUCUGUUACGCCAUGGUACUCUGCGAAAGACUUAUAGUGAUGGCGCCGAUUUAUUACGACCCAAGAAUACCGAUGAAAUAAAUGUACCUAGCGCAGAUCCCGUCGUAGCAAGGAAAAUACAAAUAAAAUUGCGGAAUCUUAUGUAUUCAUGUACACCAGAUAAAUAUAAGGAAUAUAUGGACGAUGUAAUAGAAGAUGCGACCAUGUAUCUAGCUGUACACUUCUUACAACCACAGUUAAUUAAGGUCUGCAAAUGUAUGAAGAAUGUGUUCGUCCAAUGUGAACUUUGGUGCGACGAGAUUCUUCGUCGUGUAGCUCGUCCUUGUUGCACAUGUUCAAGGCACGUGUCAGCUCAGGCGCUUGCGGAGCUGGUCGGACUGACGGGCGGAGCACAACCGUUACGGAUCAGCCCUGGCUCUUCAAGAGCCUUUGCUCCUGGAAUCGAAAUGUCCAUAACUCAAUGCCCUUCCAAGCGGAGUGCAUUACAGAAAGCUCAGAGGGGACCGUGUCCCGCCCCUAUUAAAACAGACGAAUGUAAUAUAACAACCUCGUACCUUCUAUAUGCGACGGAACCCACCGGGCGUCAACAUUUUAAUAAAUAUAUUGGAAAGUUGGAAAGUCCCACCGCUAACUCUUUUGGCUCAAAUAUUCCAUCGGCAACACCACCUCCAGCUGCCGCAAAAGUUCUAAUUCAAGAUUUACAAACUAUAAAUAGAUGUGAGGAUGCUAACAAAAUGGAAGAAGAUACUUCAACGCCCUCAUAUUACACUCCAUUGAGCAAUAACUUAGAAUCAGUAUCCACGAAGUCAGAAACACAUUUUUGGCAGUCACCAACAACAAUGUUUGCAAAAGUACACACUGAUGUCGAUGUAUCGGAUAUUCCGUCAACAAAGCCUGUUAGGGAGUCGAGAAGGUUAUCAAUGUCAAAACGUGGAUAUAGUUCUAGAGCUCCAAUUGUAACCACUGACGAAAUGAGCGAUUGGCAUGCAAUGAUGGUAAGUCUGAUGUGGAAUGUUCAGGCUUGGCGUGAGUGGAUACAAGAGAACAUAGAUCGCGCCAUCAAUUAUGAAAGUCAACCCAAUCUUACACCAGAUUGGUUACCGUCGUGGGGCGAGCCCGGCCCAGUUUGGGUUGUAAGUGCUUGUGGAGCUGUGCCAAGUGGGGCGGUGGCUGCUGGAGUGUACGACGGAGAAGUUAUCUGGCUAGCGAGAAGCACACACAGGUGCAACGUUCUACCAGCUGCCUUGCAUCCCUCGAAGCAUUCUUGCGUUAUUUACGCUGACGGAGCUGUGCACUAUUAUACAAAAUACCAAGUGAUGUGUAACGCUAAUGUAUCGUGGAUAGCUUGGAGGGCGGAGACGGUUGUGGAGGAAGGAUCUACGGUGGGGUCCAUGGGGGCCCGCGCUGUGAGAGUGGCACCAGGGGUACUUAUAGGGCGAGUUCAUUACAGGGGGUCGCAUCUCGUAGGCGCGGUUCAUGCACCAGCCAACCGCUGCCACGUUGUAAUAUUUGGACGACCUUUCGCCUUCAAUUGUUAUGAGCUAUUGGUUGAGGCUCAAGAUGACUGA